AUGUUGAAGAGGGCAUUCAGCUUAUUCACACGGGAUCCUUCUCGCAUAAUUUACACAAGCCAAAAACACAUUAAAUUACCAGUAAUUUAUUUUACAAAACGCUAUGAAUCAAAUACCACAUUGACAGAUAGUGAAUAUUUGGAAAGAUUGAACGAAUGGGUGGAGACAGUCAACAAAACUACGAGUGUCAACGAAAAGCAAAAGAUUGUCACAGAAUCGACCUGGUGUCAUCCAAUUCUCAUACGCAUUUACGAUCCUCAUCUGCGUCACCACGUUAAAUCAAAACGUAUACUUGACCACAUAAAUGAACAGACCAAAAAAGGCAAAACUUCAGAUACACUUCCUUACACCCUUCUAGAUCUUCUUGAUGCAUUAUCUUCUCGAAAAUUGUCGGGUAAUACAGCAUUAGAUGCAGUUUCGAAUUUCUACAAACAUCAUUGUCACACUGAAGCCCAACAACAAAUGUUCUGGCGUGUCAUUGACAGGAACUUGAAGAUGGGUGUUUCGACGACUAUGAUUACCAGAUUAAUAGAAAAAGAAGAUUCCCAGGAAAACAACUUAGAUAUAUUUGCUCCAACGACUAUGAAGGUAGCCCUUGCCAAAUCUGCUGUUAACGGAAAAGAAGAUAAAAUAUGGUCACAAGCAGCACUCAAAGACUCGCCAGGAUGGUAUGGCUCCAGAAAACUCGACGGCGUUCGUUGCAUUACUUUUGUUCAGAAAACAGCCAGAGGCCACAAAAUACACUUCUUUUCUCGUACCGGGAAACCCUUUAAUUCACUCGAAAAAGUAGAGGCAGCAAUUCGUCAGCGCCUCAAACCCGAAGAUGAAGAAUUUGUAUUGGAUGGUGAGGUGUGUGUCUAUCGAGCUGAUAAUCCAGAACAAGAGGACUUUUUAGCAGCCAUGGGACAGAUUAGAACUCGUAAUCAGCCAAUGGAAGAUCCGGUAUAUCAAGUAUUUGACAUGAUCGAUAUAGCAGAAUUUAGGCUGGGAAGUGGCCAUAUUCCGUUCUGUAAACGGCAAGAGAAGCUGGAAAAGAGUAUUGGAAAACCACAGAAACAUCUUCGCAUGAUAAAACAAGUCAAGUUGGAUUCAUUUGACGAGUUUCUAAAAUUACGAGAAUCUAGUAUCCGAAAUGGCUGGGAAGGGCUUAUAUUGCGAAAGAAUGUGCCUUACGAAGGAAAACGCAGCCGGAAUAUGCUUAAAGUCAAAGAAUGGGAAGACGAAGAUUACACUGUAAAAGGUAUAGAGACCGGUUUAAUGCGUAUGCCUGACACUGGAGAGGACAAAUUGGUCAUGACGAAUCUAGUGGUAGAACACAAAGGCAAUCCUGUCAGUGUAGGGACAGGACUUUCUAUCCAACAACGUAUAUCCUUUGCCGAGGACCCUUCCUUGAUAAUAGGUAAUAUAGUUACUGUAAGAUAUUUCCAAGAGUCUGGAGGCGACGGUGGCGUUAAAUCACUUCGAUUCCCUUCUAUCAAAGCUGUAUAUGAUAGCGAAGCACGGCCUAUUUGA